AUGGUACUAACAUACGAGCGACAGUUCCGGAUGCCAGAGCAGCAGAGAGAGGGGGGGCUGCUUCAGCUCCUGGGAGACCACCCUCCUCCUCCUCCUCCUCCCCCCCCCAAACACCAGCCUCGCGGGCCCCCGCCGCACGCGCACGCCCUCCCGCACGCCGCGCCGCCGCAAACCCAGCACCCGCUCACGCAACAUUCCCAGCAUGCUUUGGCACACCAACACACGCUCGUCCCGGAGUGGAGCGCCCCGUCUCCGGCGGGGUCGGCCCCCCCGGGCCACUCCAUGGACCCCGAGCACCUGAGCGGCCUCCUGUCAGCCGGCAGGGCGGGCCCCAUGAUGGACCAGAGCUCCCUGUUCUCACCGACGUCGGGGCAAAGUCCCUCGCCUCAAAGGUCGUUGACGCCAGACCUGCCGUUGCCCGUGGUGACCGACGCCAGUAUUCUCAACCUGACCUCGCUCAGCAGGGGGAGGGGUGUUGGCGUCCACGAGGUCAGCGAGCAGGUAUUUGGCAACGUCAAGAGGAAGUACGGCAAGAAGGACUCCCAGAGGACUGUGGGUAAUCCCUAUCAGAAUGAAACAAAUUGGGCAAGGCAACCAGAGAGAGGCCUGGAGAGUUCCAGUGUGCCAGAGGCCAGGCAGAAAUACGGCCAAGGCGAGGCCGCCGAACAUGAAGGAAGGGAGGAGAGGAGGAAAGAGGAGAGGGAGCGGGGGCCUGCCAGGAGAAGAGGAGAGGAGGAAGAGCGAGGGAUGCUCGUGCUGUCCGACGAGGGCAAAGGGAGGAAGAGGCGGCGGAGGAGGUCCUUCGACGAGUCGUACUCUGUGGAGGACGAAUCGGAGCAGCCGCCGGACUUUGACAUCCCGGAGAAGACCCAGCUGGGGCCAUCAGAAGCCAAAGUAGCGCACAAGACGGAUGCUCACAGACAUGAAUCUCGAUUUGGCAGCCAGGCCGAGGUGCAGGGGGAGAGGCCAGAGAAAGGAGAAAGAGAUAAAUUCGAGAAGAGGGACAAGGGGGAUGAGGCGGACUCCUUGUCGAGUAUGAAUAAGGCGAAAAAGAAUCCAGUGGGUCGUCCCAAAAUCAGCACAGACCCCCACAAACACAGAGAGGUUCAUAAUCAUCAUACCACCAGCCCGUUUCUCACCAUGAAUCAUCAGAUGCCAAGUCCACACUCCAUGCCUAGCCCUAGAUCAAACUUCAGCCCUAGCCCUAGGUCAAACUUCAGCCCUAGCCCUAGGUCAAACAUCAGCCCUAGCCCUAGUCCUAACCCCAGGCCGAGAGCUAACCUUAGCCCAGGUCCCAGUCCUAGUCCUAACCCUCGACCCAGAGCUAACCUUAGCCCAGGUCCUAGCCCUAGUCCUAACCCUAGGCCUAGAGCAAACCUUAGCCCGGGUCCCAGCCCUAGUCCCAACCCUAAACCUAGAGCUAAUCUCAGCCCAAGCCCAAGCCCCAAUCCUAGACCUAAAGCUAACCAUAGCCCUGGUCCUAGCCCUAGCCCUAAUCCUAGGGCUAAAGCUAGCCUUAGCCCCAGCCCUAGCUUUGUGCUUAACCCUAGACCCAAAACUACCCAUAGCCCGAGCCCCAGUCCCAGCCCCAGUCCAAACCCUAGACCAAGAGCUAACCUUAGCCCCAGUCCUAGUCCUAACCCUAGACUGAGGGCUAACCUUAGCCCCAGUCUGAGCCCUAGAUCCAUGUCGGCCAUGAGUCCAAUCCCCAGCCCCAGUGCCAGCUCCAGAUCCAGCCCCUGCUCCAAACCAACCAAGACAAAGGACAGAUGGUCGUACCUGAAGGCCAGAAGCCCCUCUAGUCUCCCGCCACCUCAGAGAGACCACCGCAGCCCUCUGUCCAGCAUGGCGGAGCCCCCUUCCGCCUUCCCCAUCACCCCCUCCAGCCCUCUGUACACCAACACCGACAGCCUGACCGUCCUCACGCCCGUCAAGAGGAAACGGGGAAGGCCCAAGAAGCAGCCCCUGCUCACCGUGGAGACCAUCCACGAGGGGACCUCCUCCUCCCCUCCGAGCCCCCUGUCACAGGACACCCUGGCAGGCCUGAACCGCCGGAGGAAGACCCACACACUCGCCGCCCUCGCCCAGCUCACCUCGUCCGGCAGCGGGGUCAAUUCCAACGGCCUGAAGCUGAAGCGAGGCCGGGGACCCGCGAGGCCUGUGAGCAAGCUGAAGCUGGGCAAGGUGCAGAGCAUCCUGAACGAGAUCCUGUCAGGCUCCGGUCAGAACGGCGGCCUGUCUCUGAAGUCAUCCUCCGCCCCCGUCACCUCGGCCAUGAGCGUCGUGGCGUCGACCAUCGAGGCCCGGCUGGGCACUCAGAUCAACGUCAGCAAGCGGGGAACCAUCUACAUCGGGAAGAAGAGGGGGAGAAAACCCAGGGCCGAAACACAGGGCUCCAGCCAUCCCAGAGCCACGAGGGACAUGGCCUCAAUGCCGUCCAGCCUCUACGAGAGCCUCCUAGUGCCUUCCACAUCCUGCUCUCCCAGCUCCAGCGUCGCCUCUCUGAGAGCCAGCCACUCUGACGCCACCAUGCCCAGCCUGCAGCCCAUCUCAGCCUUGCCCUCCAAGCCAAUAGGACGGAGCUUCCUCUCUGGAGGCUGGAAGCUCUCUCCGCCCCGUCUCCUAGCCAACUCGCCAUCCCAUCUGUCAGAGGUCGCCUCAGUGAAGGAGGUGACCCUGUCACCCAUCAGCGAGUCUCACAGCGAGGAGACGAUUCCCAGCGAUAGCGGCAUAGGAACGGACAACAACAGCACCUCGGAUCAAACCGAGAAGGGGCCGGCUUCACGACGCAGGUACUCUUUCGAUCUGUGUGGGUAUGAGGCCGCGGAGGCUGCAGCCCUGGAAGCGUCCAGCAGAGGCAGCAGAGCGCGUUGUGAACGACAAGUAGCCGCUGACAACUUCCUAUCACAGCAGGAGAAGAAGCAGAAGCACCACCGGCGCAAGAGAAAGUGCCUGCAGAGCAGAGACCAUAUGCACUUUCUCUCUGAACUCGAAGAGGUGGUGGCCAAGUUCCAGCAGCUACGCAUAUCUCACCGGCGCUUCAACUGCUACCCCCAGCACCCGUACCCCUCAAUAUUCCGGCUGAACUUCCACCAUUACUACCCUCUCAGCUACAACUCCUACCCCUGUGAUUCCGGCCAGUACCUCCGCAGGAGCGCCGAUCUCAAGGCCAAGAGGAGGCGGGGCCGGCCGGCAAAAGCCAGCGAGCCAAUCCCAUCCAAGCUGCCUUUGGUCCAGGGCUACGGCUACCCGCUGGCGGGGGGGAAUUACUAUGCAGCACCCUACGCCAUGCCUUACGCACCGCCCCUGAGUCUGGGCUACUUCCCCCCCGCGCCCCAGCUCUACCUGCCCCACCACUCGCUAGGACCCAGCCCCCCGUCCCCCUUCAUGAGACCGGCCGUGCCCCCUCCCAAGGUUUUCCACUCGGCGGGACAUUCCAAGCUCCAGGCGGCGGCCAAGCUCCGAGGGUCCAGCGGCCCGCUGCAGGGCUCCUCCGGGCGGGGAGAGGGCCUGGGAUCCCUGGGUGGCGGCGGCGGUGGCGGUGGCGGCGGCGGUGGCAGCGGCGGAGGCGGCGGCGGCGGCGGCCUGGGUGGAGUCCGCCUUCACAAGAGGAAGCACAAACACAAACAUAAGCACAAGGACGAGCCCAUCCUGUCCCCCCGCGACCGGCAGGACCUGGGCGGCCUCUUCAGCGGCGCCAAGACCAACGCACGCCUCAGCAUGAUGAGCAACCGGCGGGAGAUGGCCGGGGGCCAGGGAUCGAACAAGAGGCCCGAGAAGCAGAGGGGCGGCAUCCGGGUCUCCAGCCUGGGCUCCCGGCUGGGGAUGUUUGAGUCGGACCACCUGUCCUCCUCUCGCUCUCUGGGCGACGGGUCCUUCCGCUCCCACCAGUCCGGCCCGCCGGCGAACAGCUUCAUGGGGGGCUACGGGGGCCAGCAGCAGCAGCAGCAGCAGAGGCCGGAGCUGGGCGCAGACCUCUUCAUGAGGUCCAGGGAGGACGAGUGCAGGGACGGGACCAGGAAGAGGGGACUAGCGGUGUUUGGGGAGCAGGGGGUGAUGUCGUUCCAGAACGCCAGGCAGGAGUCGGGACAGAUGAACCAGUGCUCCGGACUUCCUCUCACUGGCGUGCCGGGGAAGCGGCGCUACAAGCGGCGGGAGGUGGAGCAGAUCCAGAAGGAGGUGAGGAGGAUGUCCUCGCUCUCCAACGUCCUCCACUCGCAGAGGAACUUCGAGCACGUGCAGAAGAUCCUGCGCGUCAAGCGUCUGCAGCGGCAGGCCAAGACGGGCAACAACGUGGUGAAGAGGCGGCCCGGAAGGCCCCGGAAACAGCCCCUGCCCGAGCCGCAGGGCUACCCCGCGGGUCUGAGGGCCCCCGGCGAGGGGCCCCUGGGGAGGACUCUGGGGAUGCCCGUCCUGGAGAGGUGUGUGGACCUGCCGGGGAGACUGGGCCAGUACGCCGGCCGCGACUCGGUCUCCGUGGCCAUCGAGUCGGUGGUGCACGAGUCCCGCCCGGCGACGUCCAAGCGGCGAGGCCGAGCCAGUCGGCGGGACGAGCUCUGGGAUCCCUCCAGCCAAUAGGACUGUAGCUGGGCGGGGCUCCGUGGCCAAUCACAGGGCAGGACACAGAAGGGGGGGGGGUCGUUUUGUGUUUGUUGAGAAAACCCUAGCACACCCAGUGUCCUUAACGCUCUCCUCAGUGCACUUUGGCUCGGCUUGGCUCCCGGUUGAGGACCGAGGCGGCUCAGCGAGGAGCAGGAAGAGGAGGAGGAGGAGGAGGUGGCCACGCCCGCAGUGACUCUCGAGUUCCGCUGCUAUCUUCUGCUCUUGAGGACUCCUCCAGAAUCCACAUAAUAUGGCACUAUACGGUACUUUUUGAUUGAAAAGAAAAAACGAUGCUAUAAACGCAUGAGGUACUUAUGGCGGUGUGAGAUACUCGUGCAGCGACGCGUACGGUACACGGCGUCACUGUGUGUGAGCGUGGCGGCGUCGGUCCACGUCUUUUACCAGCAGGGGUGGGAGGGGGAAAGGGUUAACACGAUACUGUGCAGCUCGGCUUACUGUAUUGUUGCCUUUUUCUGAGGAAAAACGUUUCAAAAGGAAAUCUGGGAUAGUGCGAUCAGGGAAAAAAAAGGUGAGUCAGCCACCUCCCCCUGUGUCCAGCCGCCCGCGUGUUUGCUAGAGCUUACAUCUGUCCUGGUGGGCCUGUCAAACCCCCAUCUCCCGGUUCCCCACCCACCCGAGCA